AGACAUCUAUAAACCUUAUGUUUAGAUAUCUAUGAAACAAAAGUGAAAGUGAUAAUUUUCGUUGUGAUUGGCAGCAUUGACAGAUCAUUCGAUCUGACGUCAAGUUGACGUCACUGAAACUGUCACCGAUUGUCAUAUCAGUUCGGUGAUAUAAGUUUAUUUAUAUUAUUCCGCAACGGUCGUGUUGUAGUAUUGAACUUCGAAGAGUAAUUUCUAGAUGAGAUUACGAAACAAACGUUGAUUAACUAUAACUAUCUACUUAAUUGAAAUAAAAAUAUCAACCGUCUGUGCGUUGCCUUGGUUUUUCGGUUAUAAUUUUAACAAAUACAUUCGAAGGCUACUGUUAGUCGUGUUCAAUUCUAGUGUUUUCUUUUCUCGAAGUUCGUAUUGAAUUCGUAGCGUGGAACUAUAAACCUUGACUUGUCUAGCGUCAAUGUUAAAUUUUAUGUACUAUGUAAUGUGAAUUAUUGAAUAAAAAUGUCGUCGUUGGGAAGCCAGUGGAGAUUAAUUAGACAUUAUCUCUCUGUAUCCAAUUUGAAUGCAGAACUCGAGAAGCUGAUACAGAAAAUUAAACCUGUGACUCCUGAACAGUGGGACAAUUUAAUUAACAGAUUUGAAAAAGCGGUAUCUGUAAGACUGUUACAAGGAAUAAAACAAAUAGAGCAGACUGAAAAUAAAGAUCAAUAUGUGGUAAAGUCCACUACUGUUGAGGAAACAAAACCUGUUACCAAAGAUAGCACCGAGAAAAAUGAGGAGAAAAAAGAAGAGAAAGUUGAUGAUGGUCUGACGGUGGGUUCGGAGGCAAAGGAAAUUACAUUUGAAGGGCUGUGGCGGGGUCUCAAGUUGAAAAAAGACCUCACCUUGGGAAAAAUGUCAGAGCCCAGCUGGAAGUCCAAUAAACCAAUCAUCACUAAGACGUCAAUCCACUCGCGCACGGCGUACGUGAUCGCCGCCAUUGAGGACGCGGUCGCCGAGCCCAGCCUGCUGCGCCGCGCACAGCACUUCGUCGACCACCUGCAGCAGUACCCGGAGGCCAGGGACUACGCCAUCAAGGAAGGCGCGGUGAGGGCGCUGCUGCGGGUGCAGGACAGGCUGUCAGACGAGCCCGUCGGCAGGGAGCUCGGCGGCAUCGUUGCAGAGGCGCUGGCGCUGCUCGGGUACGUGGAGCCGCCGCGCGGGCCGGGCCCCAACAUCCUGUCGCUGGACGGCGGCGGCAUCCGCGGCCUCAUCGCCAUCGACCUGCUGCGCGAGCUCGAGACCCUCACCGGCCGCCGCGUGCACGAGCUCUUCGACUUCAUCAUCGGUGUCAGCACCGGCGCCAUCAUCGCCUCCGUCAUCGGUAGCGGAGUGGGCAAUCUAGAUACGGCCAGUGAGAUGUAUCACACAUUAUCGAAGAAAAUGUUUGGCAACACUUCUGUGAUCGGAGGCACGUCGCGCCUGGUGUGGUCGCACUCGUACUACGACACGCGCGCGUUCGAGGAGCUGCUGCAGCAGCACCUGGGGGAGCGCACGCUCAGCCAGUGCAACCGAUACAACACGCCCAAGAUGGCGCUGGUGUCGUGCGUGGUGGGCGGCGGCGGGCCGGGUGGCGCGGGCGGCGAGGGCCGGCUGUCGCCGUUCGUGUUCCGGUCGUACGCGAGCGCGUUCCGCGCGCGGCCCGCGUACCCGGGCACGGCGCGCGCGCGCCUGUGGCACGCCGUGCGCGCCUCCGCCGCCGCGCCCACCUACUUCGAGGAGUUCCGCCUCGACGGCCUGCUGCACCAGGACGGCGGCCUCAUGGCCAACAACCCGGCCGCGGUGGGCGUGCACGAGGCGCGGCUGCUGUACGGGCCGGCCGCCGCGCGCCGCGCCACGCUCGUGUCGGUGGGCACGGGCCGGCCGCCGCGCGUCGCCCGCGCCCGCGCGCUCGCCAACACCUCCUGGCGCGACAAGUUCGACACGAUCCUCGACUCGGCCACCGACACCGAGGGCGUGCACCAGGUGCUGAGCGACGUGCUGCCCGACGGCGCCUACUUCCGGCUGAACCCGCCGCUGCUGCAGCCGUGCGCCAUGGACGAGACCGAGCCGGCGCGGCUGGCGGCGCUGCGCGCGGACGCGGCCGCCUACGCGCGCCGCAACCGCCACAAGCUGGAGCGCGUGGCCGCCGCCCUCACGCGGCCGCGCCCGCCGCUGCAGCGCGCGCUCGACGCCGCCGCGCGCCGCGCGCGCCUGCUGGGGCUCGCGCCCGCCGACUGACCGCCCGCCGCCCGCCGCCCGCCGCCCGCCGCCCGCGACUACUGGCACCGGCGCCCGGCGACUGACCGCCCGCGCCCCGCCCGCCACCCGCCGCCCGCGACUACUGGCACCGGCGCCCAGCGACUGACCGCCCACACCAUCCGCCCCGCCCGGGCGCGCUGGGGCUGAACACCCGGCGACUGACCGCCCGCGCCCCGCCCACCACCCGCCGCUCCUACGCGGAGCUAGCUAUGUAGAAUUAUACCACGUCACCUGAGCCCAGUUUAAACUUUGUCCCCAAAUAUUCGUUAUCCAAUAUCUCGUAUAUAGAGUAUGAGAACCACGCGAUUUACUGUAACUGUGUAAUACUUAAUUCGAAUGCUUAUGAGAAAUGACAAUUUUCUGCAUACCUAAUUCCAAUCUUAAUACGGUGUGUAUUCGCACUCGCAAGAAACCUUUUUUUUUUGUUUUUUUUUUUUUUUUUCUUUUUUUCUCGCCCCUCCACAUCUCGUUCAUAUAAAUGCAAUAUUUACUUAAUAUUGUCUGUAUUUAAAAUACCGACAACAAUUCUUAUACGCUUUUUGAAAGCAAUAAAAUUGAUUUAAAAAUGUACUGUGUAAACAAGUGUUUUAUAAUUUUAUUAAUUUAUUUAUUGUAACUGAAUGUAAAAUAUAUGAUAUAUGUUAUAGCUUAUAGAAAAUAUUCGUGGAACUCCUUAAUUACUAUGUAAACAUCACUGCCACUUUCUAUUCAUAAUCUAAAAAAUUAUGAAUAUUAAAUCCUACUUUAACACAAUUUAGAUACUUCCUUGUAAGUUAUUGAUGUCCCAGUAAUAUCGCGGCUGUGUGUGUGUCUCUGUUAAACUAGUGACCACACAUUAUAUUUAUAUAACAAAAACUAUUAAACUACAAAUGUUACAUGUAUUAGUCGUACCAUUAUAAGAAUUACAGUAGUAGAAUUUGUAUUAUAUCUAGUCACUUGUGUAGGAAAAAAAAAAAAAAAAAAAAAAAUGUCAUUAGUUAUAACAUUGUAUUUGGUUCAAUUGUAAGCAUAAAUGCUUAUCAUGAACUACUACUUGAAACUAUUAUGUGAACUCUAUGUAUUAGUGAGCAAAACAAAUUCGCUUACUUUCUGUUGGGAUUUUAAUAUUUUAUACUACUUUUGCUGUCCAGUACUGUGAGUUGUUAUUAAAUUCUAUAUGUUACAAACUGUUUUAAUUAAUAUCCAAUGUCAUGACAUUAUAGUAAAAUAUCCUUUCAAGAAGUGUAUUUCAAAAUUGAAUGCUAUUUACGUAAUAUCGUAAGAGUCGACUAAGGAAACUU